CAGAGAAUGGAAGUGGGGCCUCGUGUGAGAAGAAGUAGCGAGUUGGGGUGCUUGGAUCGGACGAUGGGGGAGGAGGAGGAGGAGUAGCGACGUCUUCUCCACUGCUUGCUUGCUUGCGUCUCAGCUUUGUCACCACAACAUUGGGUAUUGUGAAGCUCUAGUAAGGUGGUGCAGUGCUGGACGGAGUCUGGUGACGGAGCUUUCCAAGUGAAGGGGUCAGAUUAGGGUUUUUGAUGCCACUAUAUUGCUGCUUGCGUGCCCUUAGAGUGUAAAUUGUGUCCCAGUUCGGUUCUUAAGUAGGUACCCUUGGGCGCUUCGCAAUUGUCUGCCGCAAUGCUUGCAUUUGUAGAACUCUCGAGUUUGGGUUCUUGGAAUAUAAUCACUCGAGGAAUUACGAUUCAGUCAGGGGUAAAUUUAAGCUACAGUUAAUAUUCUUUGGCGCUAAAUACAAGUAAAGAUUCUUUGGAUUCUUAUGUCAAAUGUCGGCAUCGUGCAGUCGGAACUUUUGUUCUUGUUAUUCAAACUUAGCUGGACCACAUUGCGUAAGGUGUUCGGUUCGCGUGUCAGAAAGAAGAGACGCUAAGGGAUAGAGAGAGAUGUCAUGAACGUGGAGCUGCAGUGAGCAUUCGUUUGUUGUUGAUUUGAGGAGAACCCUCGACGAUAAUGCGUUUUGUGUCAUUUUGGACGCUGAAUACAAGUAAAGAUGGACGAAGGUACAUAUUGGGCGAGGGUUCAGCGCGUUUUUAACAUGAUGGACAUCCGGACAGCAUUUGUAACGGACGCCGAAGUCGACGAGACCUUGCAGCUCUUGAAAUCUAUUGAGGGUAAAGAUCUCGCCGACACAGGCAUCAGCUCCGAGCAGGUUGAAGCUGCACGCAAGAUUAAAGAUGCGGUUGUCCAUCCCGACACGGGUGAAAAAAUCUUCCUUCCGCUUCGUGUGUCUUUCAUCAUUCCGUGCAACCUUGUCGUUGACACUCUGAUGAUCUCGGCCAGGGGGAUCAAGCAGAAUGUCGCUGCCCAGUGGCUGAACCAGACAUACAACUGCCUGCAUUACUACGCGAACCGGAAUGCCUCCAAUCAGGAAAGCGUUCGUAAGAUCUUUGAGGCAUACGUGGGAGCGACUGCGAGCUCUGUUGGAGCUGCAGUUGGCCUGCAUUCUCUUCUGGACAAAGUGCCUCCUGGCAGACCAUGGGCAGGUAUAGCUCGAAGGAUUGUCCCCUUCUGUGGGGUUGCAGCAGCAGACGUGUUGAAUAUCGGCAUCACGCGGAGGGAUGAGUUCCUAGAAGGAAUCAAAGUGUUCGAUGACAAUGGAGAUGAGAUUGGGCAGAGUAGACAGGCGGGUGCUCGUGCUGUUAGUGCUUGCAUUGCAGGACGCAUCUUUGCAGCUGCUCCAGUACUCGUGGUUCCACCCCUUGUCAUGCACAGGUUGGAGCGGACGGCCUUCUAUUCUAAACAUCCGGCCUUGAGAAUACCCACGCUGAUGGCCAUGGUAGCGGCCUCAAUCCAAAUCAGCGUUCCUCUCAGCUUUGGUAUCUUCAAGCAACAGGCUUCCGUCAGCGUUGAUAAAAUUGAGGAUUCCUUCCACAACCGGGUCAAUCGCUUCGGUCAACCUGUGACUCGGGUCUUCUACAACAAGGGUGUGUGAACAUCUCUUCGCUGUACAGACAGACUUUUACGUAAAUCUGGAUUUUUUCCAGGUGUGUAAAUACCCGUGAAGGUGCAUGUUUUUCGGGAAGUGAUAUGAAGAAUUUGCUCAACUCAGAAUCACAGCGCUGGGGAGCGACUUAUUUCUGAUUCAGCCUUUCCAUUGUGAAGCUCUUGCUCAAGUGGAUCACUCUUGGUGCCCCUUCUGAAGAUACUCUCCUACUGCAGGAGAUGAAAUAUAGAUGAAUGUAGAAGCAUCUUUUGGUAUGAAUGAAGUCGGAGUUUCCGGUUCUCAGGCAGAGGAAGGACUUUGUUGACCAGGUUGUUUGUGACAGGUUGCUGAGGUGAACUCCAGUUUUUCACCGAUUCGAAUAACCGAGAAGUACAUGAUAGGUCAAAUGAUAUUGAAUGAUUGUAUUCUUAAGCAACAAUUCAUUUUAUUUAUUUUUUGUUUA